UGUGAGCUGACAGGCACAUGUGAACUGUUUAUCGUAGAAUAAAACGCAAAUUGUUUGAAAAUCGGAUAAUUUAAAAAAAAAUGUAUUAGCCUACUACCGAAUUUUGGUGCGUCUUCCUACAUGAGCGAGGUUUCAUCAUAACGGAAUUUCAUGGCUAUCAAAACGGCAGAAGUUUCUGUACUUUUUAAAUGUAGAUUAUAAACGACUCCACUUAUUUACUAAUACAAUUAAUCGUGAUGAUAAAUGUUAUAAAUAAAUAAAACACAGAUCGACAUUUCCCCCGUAACUUUUUAUUUUUCAGAACAGCAGAUGGAAAUGAGAACGUUUCAGUUAAGAUGACAUGAUACCAUUUUGAUAAGACGUACUGUUAGUGUUUCACAGGCAUUAUUCGUUUGGCCGCCUUAGAUAACGUCAAAACAACGAAAACCUUUUUUAAAAGGCCUAUAUAUUAUUUGCUUGUUAAUACUCGCUAACCACCCUUUGAUGUCUGGCGUGCUGGAUAAGUUAACAUUCAUGUUAACCACGGGCGUUUUAUUUUCAUAAGGAUGUGCUCACCGGAAUAAAAAAGUACACCUGAGUGUGCCGUUAUUCUAAAGCUUCUAAUAUAGCUCAAAACGUCUCUCAGUCUUCCUCUGUUGAGUAAGUGUAGAUUGCACCAAAUCUGUCAUAACUUCUUCCCAAGCGUUUAAUCUGAAAUAGUUUACCGGCUGGACUUGAUUGUUUGCUGUUUAUUUAUAUGAUCGGCUAUGCUUGUCAAGAAGGCGCUACGUACUCUGUCUGGAGCUACGUUGACUUUUUUAAUAAUCGUGCUUGUGGAUUUACGACUGCGGGCACGGCAUCCCCAGAAGCACAGCGUGUCCGUGUACCGAGGAGGCCCCGGGUUUGUGCAUGGCCCUGUGCUGGAACUGCGUCCGCCGGGGAGAGAAGGUGAGCCAAAAGCGCUGGGGAAACUUUCGGAUUUGGCCAAGUCCCCGGGUGCUACUACUGCGUUGAACCAGAGCUCGUCCGAGCUGUACAAGGAGAUUCGGGAGAGAAAGCAGCGCCUUAGGAAUGUGGAGGUCCGAAGGAGAAAGCCGACGGUGCUUCCUGGUGCACCUCUUCAACUCACAGACAUUUUUAUCGCCGUUAAGACCACCGGCAGAUUUCACAGGAUACGCCUGGCGCUGCUGUUGGAGACCUGGAUAUCGAGAACCAAAGAGCAUACGUACAUCUUCACAGAUGCGGAGAAUGAAGAAAACGCCUCCAAAGGGUAUAACAUCAUCGUCACCAGCUGUUCCCCUGAGCACAGCCACCAAGCCCUGUCCUGCAAGAUGUCAGCAGAGUACGACUUCUUCAUGGCCUCAGACAAGAAGUGGCUUUGCCACGUGGACGAUGACAACUACGUGAACCCCAGCGCACUGCUGUCCCUGCUCUCCGCCUUCCCCCCUGACAACGACAUCUACGUGGGCAAGCCCAGCCUGGACCACCCAAUCAGAGCCCACGAGCUGCUGGAGAACAACAAGACGAGAGAGGUGGAGUUCUGGUUUGCCACUGGAGGAGCUGGGUUCUGUCUAAGCCGAAGGCUGGCUGAAAAAAUGGCGCCUUGGGCGAGUGGCCCCAGGUUCGAGCAGACCUCUGCCGUGAUCCGCCUGCCAGAUGACUGCACUGUGGGCUUCAUAGUGGAGAAGAGACUGGGCAUCCCAAUGGUCCACAGCCCAAUGUUCCAUUCCCACCUGGAGAACCUGCUGCUGCUGACACCCAGUAAUAUCCCGCUGCAGGUGACACUCAGCUACGGCCUGUUCGAGAACAAGUUGAAUAGCGUGGAGCUGAGGGGAACGUUUUCCAAAGAGGAAGACCCCUCCAGGUUCAAGACGGUCCACUGUCUACUGUACCCUGUGACGAACUGGUGCCCCUGACCCGCGAACCCCACUGCAUAGCAGCACUAUGAAGAUUUCUUAGUGCCCAUUGGUCAGUGAUGUCAGUGAAGACCUUCCUGAAACAGUGGUUCUAGGCAUGCACAAGUGACCGUGUUUGACUAUUCCAGCACGAACUGCUGCACGUCAGCUCUUCACUGUUGUGUGAGGCAAGAAGCAGGAUAGGGGACCGGCUCUCCAGAUGUUCACAAAGCACAAAGUUCACAAGGACUGCAGCAAAUGACUGAGCUCCAGAAAAGCGUGAGAGCGCCAAAACGACCAAGGGAAGGCCCUGACCACAGAACUGACGGCGCUACUGCAUGAUGGGCUGGGGUUUUUUGUGGGCUUGCUUCAUUGGGUGUUGCACCGCUACGAGCUGCAGUGCCCUGUGCAUAUCAAUCGCCUGCUGUACAGACUGUUAUGUCACCAGCUGCCUGACAGUGCUGGCCCUGGUGUAAGCUCUUUGAGCUCUGAGGAAGCGACUGUUGAAUAAUGAGUAGCAGUGUGGUACAGGGAUUAAGGAGCUGGGCUUGUAACCCAGAGUAUGAAGAUUUUAAUCCCAGGUACAGCACUGCCACUGUUCCUUUAAGUAAGGUACUUCACCUGUGUGUGCAGAGCCACACUAAUGUUAUUUGUUCUGGUCAUAUUAUCAGGGGUGCUCUAGUUAAAAACCCUCAACUGAGUAAAUGGGAUCUUCAAUGUGUGUUUGAUGUUUAACCUGUAAGGUAUAGGAGCUGCCCCAGUACAUGUAUGCAAAGAUGUGAGUAAAAUCAAGGACAAAGAUAGAUUGGCAGACUGUGAGUCAUGGAGUCCCAUUGACACAGGGGUGGUCUGUCAUUGGUCGAGUGAAACACUGCCUACAAACUGUGUGUAAGGAAUAUACGUCAGUUUAUUUGUUUCGAUUCAGCAGUUAAUUGAAUUUUCAGACAUGCUGUCUGUGCCAGUUUA